CGCCCUAACAUUAUACCAGUUUGAGCGGGCAGGUUUAAGUCAGUGUUACCUAGAAGUGUAAUAAUCGUGUAGCUAGUGUCAGGCGGGGGAGUGUUUGUGUGGUGUGAGGCGAACAAGUUGUGCUGCCGGAAGUGACCGAACGAUCUGGACAGGUUUCCGGAUAGAACCCCGAAUAGGUCACCACAAAUUGGCGACGAGGAUGGGAUCUGGAAGUUGGACCAGGUGCCGACUCAGCAAACAUCGGAGCCAGCGGAAGCAACUGGAUGAGCUGAGGAGUAGUCCGAACUGUUACAGCCCCACGGUCCAGUACGAGGUCCAGCGGAUGAAGGAGUACACGGCCGUACUGAAACACACCAUCGAAGAGCAGCAUAGUUUCGAGCUGGGGAACACGCAGGUCCUGGAUCAACAUCGCCGCUCAGCUGCCCUGGACGUUUUAGAGAUGUGCCAUAUCAUCAACACAGAUCACACCGUAAACAAACGGAGUGAUGUUGAUGGUAUUAGUAGCACCUACGCCGGCAUUUUGCAUACAGUGAAGAAGAUGUGUAGAUCGAGACAGUCUUCACAAACACAUGCCCCAAACCUUAGCUUCCAGUAGUAGUAGUAGUAGUUACUCCCAUUCUCCCCACCUUAACCCACUAUUUGUUUCCCCCCACACAAGUUUUCGAUCUGUUUAGUAGUUUGAUUGCAAGUUUCCGAAAAGUGGUUCAAAACAGUCGUUCGUGCCAGUAAUAAUGUUAAUUUGUGUACAUCUACUCUCCCAACUCUUACAUUUCGACCUUCUUUACAGCAGGUUGAUGCUAGCCCCCCUUUUCCAUUUCCUGACCGUUGAUGCCCAACUAAUUAGGCCCCCAGACGAUAAAACGAUUAUUUUCUGUAAGAUUUUAGACAGUUUUUGCUCUUGGGUUAUUUUUAUGUUUCUAUGUUUAAUGUUUUUGUAGAAUCCCUGAAGAAGAUGUCAAAUACAUCGAAACGUCGGAAGUAGAACAAAAACGGAUCGUUUUUGAUUGAUUAUUUACGACUGCUAAGCCGAAAACAGCCAUAUUAACUGUCCCAGUCGAGAUAAACGAGUACCUUUUGUAAGAAAGGCAACAAAAGUUAUCUUGAAUAAGACUUUCAACAGAUGCUUUAAUUUUCCUGUUUCCAACGUGUAUGAUAUACUUUUUU